AGGGCGUGGCCAAGGGCGGCGGGGUGGGGCAGCAGCCCUGGGCGCGGCGAGGGAGCAACGGUCCGCCGGCUGGGCGCAAUCACUUCUUCCUUCCUUCCUCGCCUCCUGCCCAGACUGCGCGCUCCUCGCUGCCGCCGCCAUGCCCAAGUGCCCCCGCUGCGAGAAGGAGGUCUACUUCGCUGAAAAAGUCACCUCCCUGGGGAAAGACUGGCACCGGCCGUGCUUGAAGUGUGAAAAAUGCAACAAGACCCUGACGGCAGGGGGCCAUGCAGAGCAUGAUGGGAAGCCCUACUGCAACCACCCUUGCUACGCAGCGUUGUUUGGACCAAAAGGGUUUGGCCGUGGAGGUGCUGAAAGCCACACGUUCAAAUGAAGUUCAGAGCUGGAAGGAUGACGUUUUUGUGUGGAUCCUGGCAAUCUCACAGGCAUUAUACCCACAAUGCAUUCCUCCCCCUCUAUAGCAAGCUUGCAUUUUUUUAAAGAAGGCAUUUCGAAAAGGAAUUGUACUGAAUGGCUGGAAGAUUUCCUGUUCGGUUGGAAAACAUGACAGAGCAGAGAAAUGUUCGUGCUUAAUUUGAAACUGGGCAAGACUGGUAAUAUUAGCAGUGAUGUUGAGCUUCCUGGAAAUAAGACCAAAAUAGACAAUCCCAGCCAACCCCCGCCAGCCCCAGCCUGCUUUUAGACCCUGUUCUUAAGCAAUAAUGAUUCUGUCUCUGUUAUUAAAAUCCUGAAUUAAA